AUGUCGGGCUACGCAGGAGGCCACUAUGAUGAUGGCUACGGCCAUCCUCAGGGUGACGCCUACUACGGUGAUGAACAUGGACAGGCGUAUUACGACCAUAACGACUAUGGCGAUGGCUAUUAUGACGCAGGUGGCUACGCCGAUCAAGGGUAUGCCGAUGGUGGAUACUACGAAGGAGGAGCAGGUCAUCAGGAUGCCUACUACGGCGACCAGUACUAUGACCAAGCCGGAUACGACCAGGGCGGACACACCCAGGGCCGGCGCGGACACGACUCGGAGGAGGAUUCCGAGACCUUCAGCGACUUCACCAUGAGAUCGGACACGGCCCGUGCCGCCGGUAUGGACUACUAUGGCCGUGGAGAUGAACGGUACAACAGCUACGGCUACGCAGACAGCCAGUACGGUGGCUAUGGCUACCGUCCGCCCUCAUCUCAGAUCUCCUAUGGUGCCAAUCGAUCUUCUGGCGCGUCGACUCCCAUCUACGGAAUGGAGUACGGCAACGCUCUUCCUGCCGGUCAGCGUUCGCGCGAGCCUUACCCAGCGUGGACCUCGGACGCCCAGAUUCCGCUGUCCAAGGAGGAGAUCGAGGAUAUCUUCCUGGACCUGGUGAACAAGUUUGGUUUCCAGCGUGACAGCAUGCGCAACAUGUACGACCAUUUCAUGACCCUGCUGGACUCGCGGGCCUCUCGCAUGACUCCGAACCAGGCUUUGCUCUCCCUCCAUGCCGACUACAUCGGCGGAGAGAACGCCAACUACCGACGGUGGUAUUUCGCCGCGCACCUGGACCUCGACGACGCCAUUGGAUUUGCCAACAUGAAACUCGGCAAGGCGGAUCGGAAAACGAGGAAGGCGCGUCGGGCCGCUAAGAAGGCUGCUCAACGAAAUCCGGAAAAUGAAGAGGAAACACUGGAGGCCCUUGAGGGCGACAACAGUUUGGAGGCGGCCGAGUACCGCUGGAAGUCGCGCAUGAACCGGAUGUCUCAGCAUGAUCGCGCUCGCCAAUUGGCUCUCUACCUGAUGAUCUGGGGCGAGGCUAACCAGGUGCGAUUCCUGCCAGAGUGCCUAUGUUUCAUCUUCAAGUGCGCCGACGACUACUAUACGACCCCCGAGUGCCAGAACCGAGUGGAGCCGGUCGAAGAGUUCACCUACCUGAACCAGAUCAUCACCCCGCUCUACCAGUAUUGCCGUGACCAGGGAUACGAGAUCAUGGAUGGCAAGUACGUGCGUCGUGAGCGCGAUCACAACAAGGUCAUUGGUUACGACGACAUGAACCAGCUCUUCUGGUAUCCCGAGGGUAUCGAGCGCAUCAGCUUCGAAGACAAGACUCGUCUCGUUGACGUUCCCCCUGCCGAACGAUGGCUGAAGCUGAAGGACGUGGACUGGAAGAAAGCUUUCUUUAAGACCUACAAGGAGACUCGUUCCUGGUUCCACCUGAUCACCAACUUCAAUCGUAUCUGGGUCAUCCAUCUGGGUGCCUUUUGGUUCUUCACGGCCUACAACUCCCCCACUCUAUAUGUCGGCAACUACUCCCAGCAGAUGAACAACCAGCCAGAGUCCUACAAGUUCCUGGCGGCUGUCGGAUUUGGUGGUGCCCUCGUGUCCUUUAUUCAGCUGCUCGCCACGAUCUGUGAGUGGCUCUAUGUCCCACGACGGUGGGCGGGUGCCCAGCAUCUGCGCAAGCGUUUCAUGUUCUUGCUCGCUGUCUUCGUUGCCAAUCUUGCUCCCGGCGUGUUCAUUUUCGGAUUUCUCUCGCUGUUGAAAAACCCGCAGAUCGAAAAGCCGGUCGGCCUCGCUGUCGGUAUCGUUCACUUUGUCCUCGCACUGUUUACCUUUGCCUUCUUCUCGGUCCAGCCAUUGGGUGCCCUGUUCGGUAGUUACAUGAAGAAGAACGGCCGCCAGUAUGUCGCCAGUCAGACGUUCACUGCCAGUUUCCCCCGGCUGAACGGUAACGACAUGUGGAUGUCAUACGGAUUAUGGGUGUGUGUGUUUGGCGCCAAACUGGCGGAGUCGUACUUUUUCUUGACUCUGUCAUUCAAGGACCCAAUUCGCAUUUUGUCACCUAUGCAGAUCCACGCCUGUACCGGUGUGCAGUUCAUCGGGAAUACGCUCUGCCACAAGCAGCCGCAGAUUCUGCUUGCUCUCAUGUUCUUCAUGGACUUGACCCUCUUCUUCCUCGACAGCUAUCUCUGGUACAUUAUCUGCAACACGAUUUUCUCCGUUGCCCGAUCAUUCUACCUGGGCGUUUCGAUCUGGUCCCCAUGGCGCAACAUCUUCUCUCGUCUUCCCAAGCGUAUCUACUCCAAGGUGCUGGCGACGACUGACAUGGAAAUCAAGUACAAGCCCAAAGUCCUGAUUUCGCAGGUCUGGAACGCAAUCAUCAUCUCCAUGUACCGGGAGCACUUGUUGGCGAUUGAUCAUGUCCAGAAGCUUCUUUACCACCAGGUUCCUUCCGAGCAAGAAGGCAAGCGAACUCUUCGUGCGCCGACAUUCUUUGUUUCCCAGGAAGACCAGUCCUUCAAGACCGAGUUCUUCCCGGCGGGCAGUGAAGCGGAGCGCCGAAUUUCGUUCUUUGCUCAGUCGCUUUCUACCCCUAUGCCCGAGCCUCUCCCGGUUGAUAACAUGCCCACCUUCAGCGUCCUCAUUCCGCAUUAUAGCGAGAAGAUUUUGCUGUCUCUCCGUGAAAUCAUCCGCGAGGACGAGCCAUAUUCUCGGGUCACUCUUCUAGAAUACCUGAAGCAGCUCCACCCUCAUGAGUGGGAUUGCUUCGUCAAGGAUACUAAGAUUCUCGCCGACGAAACUUCGCAAUUCAAUGGUGAAUACGAGAAAACCGAGAAGGAUGCCGCCAAGAGCAAGAUCGACGAUCUGCCCUUUUACUGCAUUGGUUUCAAGUCCGCAGCACCAGAGUACACCCUGCGUACCCGUAUCUGGGCUUCGCUUCGCUCCCAGACCCUGUACAGGACUAUUUCCGGUUUCAUGAACUACAGCCGUGCCAUCAAGUUGCUUUACCGGGUUGAGAACCCGGAAGUCGUUCAGAUGUUUGGUGGUAACUCCGAGAAGCUCGAACGUGAGCUGGAGCGGAUGGCCCGUCGCAAAUUCCGCAUCUGCGUUUCCAUGCAGCGCUACGCCAAGUUCAACAAGGAAGAGCACGAGAACACGGAGUUCCUCCUGCGCGCGUAUCCCGAUCUGCAGAUUGCCUACCUGGACGAGGAGCCCCCAAUGACCGAAGAAGAGGAGCCUCGCCUGUACUCAGCCCUCAUUGAUGGUCACUGUGAACUUCUCGACAACGGUAUGCGGAAGCCCAAGUUUAGGAUCCAGCUCUCCGGCAAUCCUAUUCUGGGAGACGGCAAGUCGGACAACCAGAAUCACUCAAUCAUCUUCUACCGCGGUGAAUACAUCCAGUUGAUCGACGCCAACCAGGACAACUACCUUGAAGAAUGCUUGAAGAUUCGCAGCGUCCUGGCCGAGUUCGAGGAGUUGACCACAGACAAUGUGUCGCCUUACACGCCCGGUAUCCCUACUCCUGACUCCCAUCCAGUGGCCAUUCUCGGUGCGCGUGAGUACAUUUUCUCUGAGAACGUUGGCGUUCUCGGUGAUGUUGCGGCCGGAAAAGAACAAACGUUCGGUACUCUGUUCGCGCGUACUCUGGCUCAGAUUGGUGGCAAGCUGCACUACGGACAUCCUGAUUUCCUGAACGGUGUUUUCAUGACCACCCGAGGCGGUGUUUCCAAGGCCCAGAAGGGAUUGCACCUGAACGAGGAUAUCUACGCUGGUAUGAACGCCCUCCUGCGUGGAGGCCGCAUCAAGCACUGCGAGUACUUCCAGUGCGGUAAGGGUCGUGAUCUUGGGUUUGGAUCUAUCCUGAACUUCACAACCAAGAUCGGCACCGGUAUGGGUGAGCAGAUGUUGUCCCGAGAGUAUUACUACCUUGGCACCCAACUGCCCCUUGAUCGUUUCCUGUCGUUCUACUAUGCUCACCCUGGCUUCCACAUCAACAACAUGUUCAUCAUGCUUUCCGUGAAGAUGUUCAUGAUCGUUCUUAUCAACUUGGGCGCUCUGAAGCACGAAACCAUUACUUGCAACUUCAACCCCGACAAGCCGAUCACCGAUCCUCUCCUGCCCACUCUUUGCGCUGAUCUUGUGCCGGUUAUCAACUGGGUGAAUCGUUGUGUUAUCUCCAUCUUCAUCGUGUUCUUCAUCUCGUUCGUACCUCUGGGUGUUCAAGAAUUGACCGAGAGAGGAGUGUGGCGCAUGGCUACUCGCUUGGCCAAGCACUUUGGCUCCUUCUCUUUCAUGUUUGAAGUGUUCGUGUGCCAGAUUUAUGCUCAUGCUGUGCACCAGAACUUGUCCUUUGGUGGCGCCCGCUACAUCGGCACUGGUCGUGGGUUUGCGACUGCCCGUAUUCCGUUCGGCGUUUUGUACUCCCGAUUCGCUGGUCCAUCGAUCUAUGCCGGUGCCCGCCUUCUUCUGAUGCUGCUGUUCGCUACCUCAACCGUGUGGACUCCAGCCCUGAUUUGGUUCUGGGUCUCUCUGCUGGCCUUGUGUAUCUCGCCUUUCCUUUUCAACCCCCACCAGUUUGCCUGGCACGACUUCUUCAUUGACUAUCGGGAUUACCUUCGGUGGCUCUCUCGUGGCAACUCUCGUUCCCAUGCCUCUUCCUGGAUUGGAUUCUGCCGCUUGUCUCGCACCCGAAUUACGGGUUACAAGCGCAAAGUGCUAGGCGUUCCCUCGGAGAAAGGCUCUGGUGACGUCCCCCGCGCUCACAUCACGAACAUCUUCUUCAGUGAAGUCAUCGUGCCCCUUAUCCUCGUGGCGGUGACCUUGAUUCCGUACUUGUUCAUCAACUCUCGGACCAUGUUCUCGAACGACAAAAAAUAUGCUACGGACGCCAUCGCCCGCAUUUUAAUCGUUGCUCUUGCCCCUGUUGCCGUCAAUGCUGGUACGGCCGGCGUUUUCUUCGGCCUGGCUUGCUGCAUGGGUCCUAUCUUCAGUAUGUGCUGCAAGAAAUUCGGCUCCGUGCUUGCUGCCAUUGCGCACGCCAUCGCUGUGAUCCUCCUGCUCGUCGUCUUCGAGGUCAUGUUUGUCCUCGAAUCCUUCUCGUGGGCACGGUGCCUGUCUGGCAUGAUUGCUGCGGCCGCCAUCCAGCGUUUCAUCUACAAAUUGAUCGUUUCUCUCGCCUUGACCCGAGAAUUCAAGCACGAUCAGGCGAACAUUGCUUGGUGGACUGGCAAAUGGUACAACAUGGGUUGGCACUCUCUGUCCCAGCCCGGCCGUGAGUUCCUUUGCAAGAUCACCGAGAUGGGCUACUUCUCUCUCGAUUUCGUCUUGGGCCACGUCCUCCUGUUCUUCAUGCUGCCGGCUCUGUGCAUUCCUUACGUCGACAAGUUCCACUCCGUCCUUCUGUUCUGGCUGCGUCCAAGCCGCCAAAUCCGCCCCCCUAUCUAUUCCCUCAAGCAGUCCAAGCUUCGCAAGAGACGGGUCAUCCGUUUUGCCAUUCUCUACUUCGUGAUGCUCUUCGUGUUCCUCGUUGUCAUUGUGGCCCCUCUUGUCUUGGGCCGCAUGCCCACCGUGAGCAACGGCUUCCUCCAGACACUGCGGAAAGCCGUUGGCAUGGAGGCACCUGGCUUUAUGUCCGGUACCAGAAUGGGGCUCCUGCAGCCCCUUGACGCCGCAAAAAAUGACACCGGUCAUUGGUACACCGGCAGCGGCCUUCCGCCAGGGUUCCAUUCGACUCACCUUCCGUCGCCAACAUUGCCUAGCGAUCCGUACGGCGUCUUGCGUGUGUGA